ACCGCCCCUGUUUUGUUGUUUGGCUAAAGAUGGCGUUAGCGGCUAACGCAGGCGAUUGCAUUUUGUUCCACAAAAACUAUUCGGCCAGUGGUAACCAAACAUUGAUCAAUUAGACCUUAAAUCCGCCAAUUGAUGUGUAAAAAUAUGUUACAUUGAGAUAAUACAUGUCUAUCUUGUAGAAUAACGCUUGUUCGGCCUUCUCACGAUGGCAGGCCUGUUUGUUAGGGAGUGGACCGAAGCCGUUGGAACUCCAUCUCCCAUCAGCGACCGCGGCGUCAGGUGGUACAACUUUCCUUUUUCAUGGUAUCUGUAGUUUUCUGAUCAAACCACAGUGUUAUUUUUUUUUCCUAAACUCAAUUUUUUUUAUUUUUUGGAAUGAACUCAUGAAGAAAGCAUAAUAUCCAGUUUACUGAAGAAGCUAUCAGUGUGAAGUCACAGGACAUGAGAUUUAUUUUCUCAGUAUUCACAAAGUGAAUAAUAUCUGUCUCAACUGAGAGGAGGAAAAUCAAGAUAAUUGAACCCAGAGCCAGUCGGGCAGCGUGACCAUGGCUGCGUCACCCGUGCAAUGUGAAGAGAAACAAUCUCGAGGAGCCUCCAGAGAGGGUCACCCGUCCUCUCCAGAGUCUUCUUUGAGCUGGUGCUUGGCUCACCUCUCUAGACCUGGAUCAGGGGCCGAGCACCAGGGGAACGGCAGAGAGGGCGACAAGAGGUCCAAAGUCUCUCAGUGGCGAGCCCUGGUCGCUAUCCGGACACAGCACAUCAAGGGGGACAAGGCCGGCAUCGCCCGAUUCAGAACCCAAGGUGGUCACCGGCCCCUGUUGGACCUUCUCAAAAACCCGGAGUGCUCGAGGAAAACCCUGGACCUGGCUCUGAGCAUCUUGGCCAACUGCUGCACCGAGCUGCAGACACGCAUCGAGGUCCGUAAGCUGGAUGGGAUAAAGAUCGUAGUGGAGAUCCUGAAGGAAAACAUGGCCCUGGAGACGGUCCAGAACCGAGCAGCCCGGGCUUUGGGGAACCUGGCCAUGGAUCCAGAGAGCUCUGCACUCAUCCAUGCUGCGGGUGGUGUCCCCCUGCUCCUGCUGUGUGUGUCUCUGUCCUCCGGCCCGUCCUCCCCCACCGCCGCUCCGCCCAAGGAGCCCUGUCCCAAACUGGAGUGCGCCCAGUCGGCGGCGCGGGCUCUGCUCUACCUCUCGGACACGCCCCCCAACCGCCUGUCGCUGCUCACCCAGGGGACCCUGACGGCCCUCGCCCCCCUCAUCGCUCCGGAGUAUCCCCAGGGGCUGCGGCGGGCGGCGCUCAGGACCCUCCACGAGCUGACCCGGGGCUGCGGCGUCGAGUGCGCCCGGGAGGUGUCCCGCUCGGGGGUCCUCGCUCAGCUGGGCGCCAUGGCGACGGGGCAGUGCGGCAAACCCUUCGAGGAGCUGGCGCUGAAAACCCUGGCCAACAUGUGCUCCCAGGGCUGCCUUCGCCCGUUCGUGGGCUCGCUGGGGGUCAUUCAGAAGUUCACCGAGGAGGUCAAGAGGGACCCGCUGAGGUCCGGAGUCUUCCUCAAGGCGCUGUGCCUCUGCUGCAAGGAGGCGGUCAACCGCGCCAAGGUGAAGGAGAGCAGCGGAUUGGAGGUGCUGGUUGGCUUCCUGGCUGCCCACCCGAGUCAUCCCCUUUCCCGACUGGUCAUCCUGGCCUGUGUGGACUUUGUCUUCGACGAGUCGGCCAUGGAGCAGCUGCAGGAGUUGGGGCUGGUUCCUCUGCUUGUUGCACGGCUGGUUGAGCUCACCAAAGGCGAGGAGCAGUCCGCCGAGAAGAUGGAUGUGGGUCUCUCCUCCAGCGUGUCUCCCACUGAGCUGCUGCCUUCGUCCUGUUUUGACUCCUUUGACUUUCCUCCUCCUCCUGAGGGCUGCAAGAAGGACGAAGCAGGAAAGGAGCCAGGCCUUGGUUCCUCAAGCUUUCUAAGUCUCAAGUCCUGGUUGGUGGCCGAGGGAUUGAUCUCUUCAGAGGGGGACCUGCUGGAUUCCUCCGGCGUUGAAGGAGAAUGGGGGAGUCUUCAGAUCCCACCGUCCACUUCCUCCCCCCACACCUCCUCUCCAAACCCUGAUUCAUUUCUUCCUCCAUCCUCUCUUAAAAACUCUUCCCCAUCCAACCCCACUGCCUCUUCUUCUUCUUCUUCUUCUUCUUCUUCUUCUUCUUCUUCUUCUUCUUCUUCUUCUUCUUCCAAAAAAGCGGCUCAGCCUUCCCCUGUGUCCACUUCAUGUAAAAUCCCCGAUCCUCCCCCCUCUAGUCCUCCAGCUUGCGCCGCGCUCACGCCCCAAACCCCGCCCGCCUCCUCCACCGUCUCUCCCACGAAAACCGGCCCAACGCCGGCCUCCCCCGUAAAGUUCUCCUCCCCUCACAGGAGGAGGCGGCGUGCUCACGCAGCGGCUUGUUUGACCGAGGCCACCCUCGUGACCCCCCCGUCCGCGCCCCGCCCGGCGGCCUACCACCACCCUUACCACCCCGAGCCCUGGACGCCCGAGUCGCCCAUCCUGCUGCUGCUGUCGCGCUUCUCCCACGCCACCGACCCCAGCGCAGCCCUGAUCAGCUCCGGUGUCAUGUCCGGCCUGCUCUACUACCUCACCCAGCACCAGGACCCCAGCAGCAGGUGCUUCCGCAUGCUCUGCAGGCUGAGCUGCAACCCGAACUGUCUGCAGGCGCUGGUCCGGACCGGCUCGGUGGCGCUCUUUUGUCAACAUCUCUGCCAGAGAGGCGGCGGCUACGAGGGGGAGGACAGGCAGACGGACCGAGUGAAAGCCAAAGUCAAGCAGCUCGGUUUUGCUCUUCUCAAUAAUCUGCGCGUCCAGUGUGAGUCCGGAUUCGGCUCGGGGGUCGUUGCCCAUGUGAUGCUGUCGGGCUCCGAGUCCGACAAGAUGAACUGCGCGUUGUCUCUGCCGCUGAUCAGCAGCAACAAGUCGUUGUUGAAGAAACUCCUGGUGGACAGCGGCGGGCUGCUCCUCGCUCUGCGGCCUCUCGGCUGCGAUGACGCCGACGAAGACGGCGACGAACCCGCCGACGGUGGGAAGUUUCUCUCCGACUGGUUUCCUCCUUCGCCUCCUGGCCGGUCCCCUCGUCUCCGCUCGCUGUUCUCCUCCCUGCUCGUCGGGUGCCUGUCCACCCUGACGGCUGCCUUCAAAAUGGAGCUUGACAAUAUCGGCCCGGGUCCCGGCUCGCCGCGGUCAGCCGGUGAAACCCAAGCUUCCCCGCCUCCCUCGAAAAGGCCUCGCCUGGCGGACGCCUGCCCCUACGCGGCCUCGAGCUUCGACCUCCUCCUGUUGCUAGACGACGGGACUCGGGUCGGAGCCAGCAGGGAGGCGGUGGCCGGGGGCGAGGCGUCCGAAUACUUCCGGGCGCUGCUGAGAGGCGGGUUCGGAGAAGCUCGGCGCGACGCGGACCAAGCCAUCCGCAUCCGGGACGUCGGCGCAGGCGCGCUGCUGCCGGUGCUGCAUUACCUGCACGGAUGCCGCCUCGCCGGGGACACGGAAGCCCACCGGGGAAGUGACGGCGGGAGGAGGGGGCCGUGUCCCGCGCUGGAAAAAGUAGUCCUCGAGGGACUGGCGAUGUGCCGGACAGAGCCAGGCGGCGGUCCAGCGGAAGGCUUCGCGUUCCAGAAGAGCGCUCUCGGGGAGAUGAUGAUCGGGGCGAGCAGAUUCCUGGUGACGGAGUUGCAGAGAGAGUCAGAGGCUCUCUGCGUGUCCCUCCUGCUGUCCGGCGCCGAGUCCCCCGGGGAGAACCCGGCCAACCGGACAUCCGAGCCGGAGCCGCCCGGCUCGGAGGGGCAGGCGGGGAAACCAAACGGUUCCCAGAGCCAGACGGGCCCGAGUGAGACAAUCAAAAGUGCCGCUCCGGCUUCCGGGGCGGACGCACCCCUUGAUCCGGAGGAGCCGAGGUCGAGGCCGAAGAACUGCAAAAGUUCAGCGCAGCGCCCCGAGCCGGCCGCCGGGGCCUCUCGCCGCUCGCCGCUGACCGCCCUGCUCCCACAGAUGCACUGGUUCUCCCAGCGGUACAGCUACCCGGCGCUGGGCCGGGCCUGCCUGGCCCUGCUGCUGGGGUGUCGGGACUGUCCUCGGCCCUUCGCCUCCUCCGCCGCGGCGGCCGCUUGCCUUCGCAGGCUCGCCAGAGAGGCGGACUGCACGGAGACCCUGAGGCGGGAUCUGCUGAGCGUGGCCACGGCGGCUCUGGGCUGAGACGUCGUAAGGCGCUGUAAGGACUUAUGAGUGAACGUGGAUUUAUUUUUCCUAAACUGGAUUCAGUUUCGAUGUAACCUGAUUUAAACUGUACCCGGUCCCAGCAUGACGUGAUUGUAUCCUAAUUUACUAAUGACAUUUUUGAUAAUUUUCUUUUUUGUUUUUUUGGUAAAAGUCUUAAUUUGAUAAAUGUCCUUUUUAGCUGGAAGUGCUGGAAUUAUCAGGUUUGGUCUUGUAGCCGGUUGUUUAUUUUGUACAUAGAGAUAAUAUGGAAAAGAGGCUUUACAAUGUAUAGAUUCCAACUGUCCCCUUUCAAUUCAUGCUACUGAAUAUACGUUUGGAACA